CGCUUGCGCUUCCAUCCCGGGAGAGUUAGGGUAUCGUCGCGAAAAGCGCGCAGACGAUGACGCGAAUUCAAAGGAGUUAGUUGCUUCCAUAUCGUCUGACUCACAAAACCAUAAACUUCCUGUAUCUUUUCCCACAUAUCUGGAACAGACAAUUUUGGAAGUUCUCUUGUAUUUCUUCAUUAUCUAUAUUAUCGUCUGCCGCAAUAUUUAGUGUACUUUUUUGUUCUUAAAUUUACUUAUUGUUUGAACAAAGCGUUUUUUUACGUGGAAAAUAUUGAAUCGUUGUUGCAAGCUUUAAUUAUAAACUUUUGUAGUAAUUUCUAAUAUACCACAAGUGGUUUAAAGUUUCCUUGUGCCAGCACCGUCUGCUACCAUUUUCUAAAUUGGAAAGCUAUAAAUCACAUAACAAAUCCAAGAAAAUACUUACCGAACUAAAACUGAAUUUUUUAAAGUGAUAUAUUUAUAAGUACAAAAUCCAAAAACUGAAAGAAAGGAAUCUUAUUCUUGAAACUAUCGAAUAACAGUAUUUUUGUCCAAAUACAAGAAAAACUUUUACAAGAAACAUUGCUUGGGAGAUAUUUCUUGCCUUUUAAUAAUUUGAUUUGGAACACUCCAUGAGAAACACCUGUUGCGCUUUACUAGAGUUUAAAGACACAAUGCAAUUAACGUGAAAACUUAUAUCUCAUUGAUUUUGACGUAAAAAUUAAAUGAACUAACAAGUAAAAGUCUGUUGAUUAUGUUGUAUUUAUACAAUAACAUUUGAGACAUAAAAGAACACUUUCCUUUAACAGGUGUAAACAACAAAUUGUGAAAUCAUUAAUCACAGCACUCUAAGUGAAGGAGACUUACAUAUAAUGGAUUUCUCGAGGUCCUCCAUGAUUUCUUCUUCCCAUAAAAUUGGACAAUAAUCAAUAAGAGCUUUGUCACUGUAUCUGAAAAGGAACCAAUCUGAUAUCAUAGAAGCCAAGUAUUGAAAUUACAACAACAAUGACUACAAUGCAAGAACUGAUGGACUUCACAACAACAUAUCCCGAUGACGAAUACUAUCAAAAUUAUACUGGAAACUACACAGACUAUUCCAAUUAUAUUCCAACCGCAGAAGAAAUCCCCAUUUUAAUGAAUGUUACAAGAGAUGUACCCUUGAAAUAUGCUAUGCCAUUGUUUGGAUACAUUAUGCCUUUUCUUUUAAUUGUAACAAUCAUUGCUAAUACUUUAAUAGUGGUGGUUUUAGCACAAAGGCACAUGAGGACACCGACCAAUUUAGUUUUACUCGCAAUGGCCAUAUCUGAUUUACUGACGCUACUUUUCCCAGCACCGUGGUAUUUCUACAUGUACACAUUAAACAAUCACUCCAAAAAUUUAUAUCCCCCAUCAGCUUGCUACGCAUAUCAUGCCAUGAUAGAGUCUGUUCCAGCUUUCUUCCACACAGCGUCCAUAUGGCUCACACUGUUGCUUGCAGUACAAAGGUACAUUUAUGUGUGCCACCCAACAACAGCUCGUACAUGCUGCACAAUUCCAAGAGUUUGGUACGCUAUGGGAUGGAUCUAUAUUCUAGCUCUGGUACAUCAAUCUACAAGAUUCUUUGACAGAGUCUUCCAGCCAGUACGCUUCCGUUGGCGAGGAGGUCUUCAUGAUGGUUGUAUUUAUAUGACUGCCGAUUGGGUGAGAGAUAUUAUUACAGAAAACAUCUAUUACACGUCAUAUUACGUAUUUAGGAUACUGUUCGUACACGUUGGUCCAUGUUCAGCUCUAGUCAUAUUCAAUGUUCUGCUGUUUUCAGCUUUGAGGAAAGCUCAACUGAAACGAGACAAAUUGUUCAAAGAGAACCGUAAGAGCGAAAGUAAGAAACUACGGGACAGCAACUGCACAACGCUCAUGCUCAUUGUGGUCGUUACAGUGUUUUUGGCUGUGGAAAUUCCAAUGGCAGUGACUACUUUAUUGCACGUCAUGCAGAAUGCUCUUGAUUUAGAAAUAGCCGACUACGACGAUCUCAACUCGACGAUCCUGUUCAUCAACUUUUUCAUCAUGCUGAGCUAUCCAGUUAACUUUGCCAUCUACUGUGGAAUGAGCCGACAGUUCAGGGAGACAUUUAAAGAUGUCUUCCUUCAGGGUCGCAUCGUUGGUGCAAGGGAUGGUUCAUCCAGGUAUUCUUUAGUAAACGGACCUCGUACGUCCACAAACGAAACCAUCUUAUAACUCUGAAACAAAUAAGAACAUUUUAAAAGAUCCUGGAGCUUCAAUUGUUGACAUAUUAAUAAGAAAAAAUAUUAUUUUUCUCUCCAACACACAAACUAAUCUUGCAGCUCUCUGGUCAUGGAAAAGGUCCACACAUCAGUCUGCCGAACACGCAAAAAGAAGUUUAAUUACAACAUGCAAUGUUUUCUUUUUUAAAUAAUUUUAUGAUAUUUGAUUUUCGUAUUCUCUCUCAGUUCUGUCGUUUUCUUAAGACAGCUUGCACAUAAGAGUUUGACAAUUUAUCCCGAAAAGCUAACAGAAUGUGUUAUUAUUUAAGUAUGACUUAUCUACAUGGUUUUUGAUGGCACAUCUUAACUUAUAUAAUAGCAACGUGUUAAGUAUUUAAUUAAAUGUUUGUGUUGAGUGUUUGUAUCUGUGUUGAUAUUUGAAAAUCGCAAGUCCCUCUGAUCGAGUGGAUCUACUAAUACCUGGGGCUCUAGUAGAAAAACUCGAUGAGUUAACUGGCGAAACGUGUAUUCCCUAACUGCUUCAGUCUCUUCCACUUCUGAAUGUAAGAGCAUUGAUAUUAUCAUCAAUAUUGUAAUCAAGAUCAAACCUACAAUGGUGCUUGUUUUAAAUGUGAAAAAUAAAGAUAUAUGUCCAAAGAAUAAA